GUCCACUGCCUCAGCUAUGUUGCAGCUCGCGGCGCGGUCGCUGCUGCUGUUCUUGCUCCUGGUCUCGCCAGCUGUGGCUUCAGCUGGCAUCGCGAAGCUCAACUCCUCGUCGCCCCUCUUUGGCAUCGAGUUCCCGCCGUUCAACACCGCCGUCGCCGACACCGGCUGCGACAGCAAGUUGGGUGCAGCCGAGGACGCGGCGGAUGAGCAGAAGCCGGCGAGCCCGUCCUCGUCGCUGAAGCUGCACAUGACCCACCGCCGCGGCGCCGAGGGGGGCAGGACGCGGAAAGGUUCGUUCUUAGAUUUGGCCGAGAAGGAUGCGGUCCGCGUCGAGGCGAUGCACCGGAGAGUGGCGUCCUCGUCCUCGUCUCCGCGGCGUGGGCGGGCGCUGUCGGAGUCGGAGCGCGUGGUGGCGACGGUGGAGUCCGGCGUGGCGGUCGGGUCCGCCGAGUACCUCAUGGACGUCUACGUCGGCACGCCGCCGCGGCGCUUCCAGAUGAUCAUGGACACCGGCAGCGACCUCAACUGGCUGCAGUGCGCGCCGUGCCUGGACUGCUUCGAGCAGCGCGGCCCGGUGUUCGACCCCGCCGCGUCCUCCUCCUACCGCAACCUCACCUGCGGCGACCCCCGCUGCGGCCACGUGGCGCCGCCCGAGGCGCCGGCGCCGAGGGCGUGCCGCCGCCCCGGGGAGGACCCCUGCCCGUACUACUACUGGUACGGGGACCAGUCCAACAGCACCGGCGACCUGGCCCUCGAGUCCUUCACGGUCAACCUCACGGCCCCGGGCGCGUCCAGCCGCGUGGACGGCGUGGUGUUCGGGUGCGGCCACCGGAACCGCGGCCUCUUCCACGGCGCGGCGGGCCUGCUGGGCCUCGGCCGCGGCCCGCUGUCGUUCGCGUCCCAGCUCCGCGCCGUCUACGGCGGCCACACCUUCUCCUACUGCCUGGUGGACCACGGCAGCGACGUCGCCAGCAAGGUGGUGUUCGGGGAGGACGACGCCCUGGCGCUGGCGGCGCACCCGCGGCUCAAGUACACGGCGUUCGCGCCCGCGUCGUCGCCGGCGGACACGUUCUACUACGUCAGGCUCACGGGCGUGCUGGUGGGCGGCGAGCUGCUGAACAUCAGCUCGGACACGUGGGACGCGAGCGAGGGCGGCUCCGGCGGCACAAUCAUCGACUCCGGCACCACGCUGAGCUACUUCGUGGAGCCGGCGUACCAGGUGAUCCGCCGCGCGUUCAUCGACCGGAUGAGCGGCUCGUACCCUCCGGUCCCGGACUUCCCGGUGCUCAGCCCGUGCUACAACGUGUCCGGCGUGGAGCGACCCGAGGUGCCGGAGCUGUCGCUGCUGUUCGCCGACGGUGCCGUCUGGGACUUCCCCGCGGAGAACUACUUCAUCCGGCUGGACCCGGACGGCAUCAUGUGCCUGGCGGUCCUGGGCACCCCGCGCACCGGCAUGUCCAUCAUCGGUAACUUCCAGCAGCAGAACUUCCACGUCGCCUACGACCUGCACAACAACCGCCUGGGCUUCGCGCCGCGCCGGUGCGCCGAGGUGUAGCCGCCGCCGAGAGCCUGCCCGAGAGGACCAACAAUUCCAACUCGGUCCUCGGCUUGAUUGAAUGCAUUGGGUGUAGAUACUUUUUGGUCAAAGUAUAAAGUUUUGUUUUUUUUUUCUCUUUGCACUUUUCAACGAGGAGAGAAGAUAGGAACGUUGUAGUGCUAGAGCCUAGAGGUCGUUGCAACGGGAAACACGGGAUUUGAAUAAAUGGCUAAAAUUGAGGAUUGC